UUGAUUACGUCACACGUGGAGAAGCCUUGCGCGGUCAUUGGUUCCAGCAUCCGUCUGUCAAAUAAUACGCCCCCCAGGUAUAAUUGACAAGGCGGGCGAGAGCAACGUUGAAACAAGUUCUUUCUCGGAGUUAUUCUGCUUUAUAUCUGUAAGAUGAGUGUGGGCUUUAUAGGAGCAGGCCAGGUGGCUCACGCACUGGUGCGAGGCUUCACAGCAGCAGGGGUCAUCGCCGCCCACAGAAUCACAGCCAGCUCUCCGGAAACAGAUCUCCCUACUGUCCAAGGACUCCGGGUGGGUUCGACUUUUAAAAAUACAAGCCUUCUUCUUAAUGUGGUUAGCAAGUCAGUGACAAUAUACGUGCAGAAACUAGGGGUGUAUUUCACGACAAGCAACAAAGAGACGGUGACCAAGAGCGACGUCCUCUUCCUGGCAGUGAAGCCCCACAUCAUUCCAUUUGUGUUGGACGAGAUUGGACCAAGCAUCGAACCUCGCCACCUUAUUGUUUCCUGCGCUGCUGGUGUCACCAUCAGCUCCAUCGAGAAGAAGCUGCUGCAGUAUCAUGCCGCUCCGAAGGUAAUGCGUUGCAUGACCAACACGCCAGUGGUUGUGCGUGAAGGAGCUACUGUGUACGCCACGGGUACCCAUGCAGAGGUGGAGGAUGGAAAGCUGCUAGAGCAGCUCAUGGCCAGCGUGGGGUACUGCACAGAGGUGGAGGAGGACCUCAUUGAUGCGGUUACAGGCCUGAGUGGAAGCGGACCUGCUUACGCUUUCACUGCCGUGGAGGCCCUUGCUGACGGCGGCGUGAAGAUGGGCCUGCCCAGGAGACUCGCUGUACGUCUCGGCGCUCACGCCCUGCUGGGCGCCGCUCGGAUGUUACUGGACUCAGAACAGCACCCCGGGCAGCUCAAGGACAACGUGUGCUCACCGGGGGGCGCCACCAUCCACGCCCUCCACGUCAUGGAAAGCGGCGGCUUCCGCAGCCUCCUCAUCAACGCCGUUGAGGCCUCCUGUAUUCGAACCAGGGAACUACAGUUCUUGGCAGACCAAGAGAGAAUUUCACCAGCUGCCAUUAAGAAGACAACCCUCGACAAAGUGAUGCAGCAGCCAGGAGUGACCGUGGAGGCCGUGGGCGUGCGAUCGCGUGGGAUAAGCAUCUUCAACCACAACAAUCCAAGAACAAAGAAAAGUUGAUUAGGCUCCAAGAGAAUUAACACAAGUUGGCAUUCCUUUCCCUUUGUUUUAUUUUAACAUUUCAGAAAAGUACAGACUUUACACAAUGUAAGACAGUGCUUUGCAAUGAACUUGGAGUUGAGAAUCUAGUAUUUUUGCAAUACAUUUAUGGACUACUGAGUUUGGGCGAGGGGGAUUGUACACCUUUAUAAGCUAACUGGGGUAACAUUUCUUUUUCCAAUUAAUGGGUUAGUUAAUUUUAACAAAAUGCAUUCUAAAUAUUAAAAUUAAAAGUGACACAGAUGGGGGGGGGUUACACAAACAGUAUGAUUCGGACCAUCUGUCAAUUUUAAAUCAAUAAAAUGUCAACUUUGA